AUUUGCAGUUGAGUUCUCUUCUGUUUAAGAAAUGCUCACCCUUUUUUUUCAAUAUCUGACUGCUCUCCAUGACGUGGUGGAGAGGAAGGGAAGGGAAGGAGGAGGAGGAGGAACCUCCCAGCUCUCAGGCAGGCUCUUGUAAGGGUGAGGCAGAGGCACAGGCAUAGCCUGAAGGAUCCAAUUUCUUUCAGCAGAUGAAGCAGGAACCUCUACCCAAAGCUGUUGCAAUGGACACCUACUACAUCUUCAGCUAUUACUUGAUCCAGUUCUGUGGUCAUUCCUGGAUGUUUACCAAUAUGAUCAUCAGAUUCUUGUCUUUUGGGGAAGACUCUGUGGCAGAUACUUUCUAUUCUAUUGGACUUGUGAUGCGUAUUUGCCAGUCAUUGUCUCUACUGGAGCUUUUGCAUAUAUUUCUUGGCAUUGAAAAUGAUCGGUUUUUCCCAAGGCUUUUACAGAUUACAGAAAGAAUUGUAAUCUUAUUUGUUGUGAUUGCCAGUCAAGAAGAAGUUCAAGGGAAAUCUGUGGUGUGCCUCUUAUUUUUUCUCUGGAGCUUCCUUGAUGUGGUCAGAUAUACUUAUUGCAUGUUAGCAGUGAUUGGAAUACACUUCAAAGGAUUGACGCAACUAAAUUAUGUGCUAUGGAUUCUUUUAUAUCCGUUAUCAGUGCUGGCUGAAGCAUUUGCUAUAUAUGAAUCACUGCCUCAUUUUGAAACUUCUGGCACUUACUCAAUCAAUCUGCCCUUGCCAUUUGCUGUGCCCAUCUACUUUCCUUAUAUACUAAAAAUGUACAUGGUAACAUUGUUUGGUGGUAUGUGCUUCAUUGUCCGACACCUUGAUACAGAAUGGAACACUCAUCUCAGAUGUUGCAACGGCAAAACAAAAAGCAGCUAACUCUUUUCUCCCCCCUCGGUCAAUGAGGAAAACAGCUUCAUACGUCCUGCUGGUAAACACACUUGGAAAUGCUAAGCACUGACCAUAUAUUUCAAGCAACAAAGAGU